CGUCGUUACGACAGACAGUGUAACAGUUUUCUGUGACAGACCGGAAGUGUUCCUGUGCUGCUGUUGACGGAACACGGAGACGGAGGCUGGAGACUCACAGAGGAGGAGCUGAACCCCGGAUCGUCCGCAGUCAAACAGUCAGGAUAUGUCUGUCAGGAUGGAGAUGGAUAUCAGUGGAGUGUCCCGGACACACGUCUCCAUCCUCCCUGCAGCUGAGAUCAAGGCCACACUGAAACCAGAAGCAGAGAGACCUCGCUGUGCCAGCACCCCGUGUUCCCCCAUCAGAGGGACUGUCGCAGGAUACCAGAUCCUGCACAUGGACUCUAACUAUCUGGUGGGCUUCACCACCGGUGAGGAGCUGCUCAAACUGGCCCACAAGUGGUCAGAAGGCGCCCCAGAAAAGAGCUCUGUAUCAGAGUCCGUGUCCAGCCCCAUCCAGAGUCCUGUCCCCAAGUCUGUGGACUUGGGCAUCCACCGGUCUUCACGAAUCUUCAAAGGCAAAAAUCGCUACUACCAACCCUACGACAUCCCUGCUGCCAACGGGCGGAGGCGGAGGCGUAUGCCCAGCUCCAGCGACACCUUCCUCAGGUCCCUGGCCCACGGAGAGCCUGGGCCUGGGAGGGGUCUGCAUGCUCCACUACCCCUAUGUCUGCUUAAAGGAAAGGGAGCCCAGUCCAAGUCCCUGGACUACCUUAACCUGGACAAAAUAAGCAUCAAAGAGUCAUCGGACACUGAGGUGUUACAGUACCAGCUGCAGCACCUUACCCUGCGGGGGGAGCGCGUGUUUACCAGGAACAAGACAUGAGCACAGUGGAAGGCCUGUUGAGGCGUCGGUCACCCUCUGGGGUUUAGGUGCUAUUUCCAGCCUGGUCUCUUUCUACUCAGAUUAUAAAGGGUUCCUUAAGAAGACAGUCUGAUAAUCCUGUUUAUUAUUAACUGGGGGUUUUACCUUGUACUGUACACAUAACGUGGUGAAGAAAAUCCUUAAAUUAGUCCUCACAUCGUAAUGAGGUGUUGAGGUUAAAAAAAAAUGUGAAUUACAGUGCAUUCAGAAAGUAUUCAGACCCCUUCACUUGUCUUACAUCUUGUUAUGUUGCAGCCUCAUGAUAAAAUUGUUUAAAUUAGAUCAAUUUAAAGUGCAAAAUAUCUAAAAUUCAGUUUUCUCUUUGUCAUUAUGGGUAAAAAUUAUAAAUAAUUUUAGCAUAAAGCUGCAACAUAACAAAAAGUGAAACAAGUGAAGGGGUCUGAAGACUUUCUGAGUGCACUGUAUAUAAACUUAGCAAUAACUAGUGAACCUAUUUAUUGACAGUGUUGUGUGUUUGUACUGGUCAGAGACGCACUAAUAUAUCAGCUGACAGCUGAGAGAAGCACAUAUCACAUACUGUAUCAGCUUUAAAUGCACCGUUGCUACCAGGCCAAUUAUAGAUUUACUGCUUAUCUGUGAGGAGUUGUGUUCAUGGACGUUUUGCAUACAACUGUCAAAUCAGCAAGAUGAUACUUUUAGUACGUUGCUAAUUUAUUUAUUGCUGUCAAUGUGUUUUUAAACUUCUUAUUUACCAUGAGGUGGACAUGUGGAAAAAACUAAUUGAUGCUCCACUCAGUCUGUUUACUGAGAGGCAGGUAAAGGUGAGCUGAUUAAAGGUCCCAUAUUUUACACUUUCCCUGUGUUUUAUUUGACGUGUUAAUCCAAUGAUCUGACUGUUUUCUGAGGGAUUGAAUAAAAAUAUAGCAGAUUAUAGGUUAACACUCAGAGAAACCAAAUCCUGCAAGGUUGGAUGGUGGAUCCAGGUGGGCGGGGCUUGGGGCAUGGCUGAGAGCAGUGACUGCUUUGUUGUGACAUCACAAAGUUCCAGAAGUCCUGACGGCUGGUUUUAAGGCUCAGUUUCUGAAUACAGGCUGUGUGCAUUUCUCUGUGGACUGAGGCUUUGAUACUUUCACAGUAUUAAUAAAGAACCUAGACCUGAUCUAUAAUCAAACAACACAUGGACAGAGACCUUUAUACUAUAUGGACCUUUAAAGGAUCUUAAUACAACACUCACGCUGGGUAUUGAACUGUGAUACUUUUAUGGACUGACUGAAUUGGUUUGAUUGUAUCAAGGAUCAAAAAUAGUCUUGUCCUUUGAUAAUAGUAAAUGAGUAAUGUCAUCAGUGUAAGUGAGCCACUCAGUAUGCAGCAUGCCUUGACCAAGAUCUAAUAAUGCUGGUGAUUGGCUGUUUAUUUACAUGAACACGUUUGAGUGAGCAAAGAGACUGAGCCUCAAAAUAAAACUAUAUACUAUAACUAUAAUAUAUAAUACUAGAACUAUAAAAAAAUUGUACUAUAAUGUGCGUUGUAAUUUUCUUUUUGUCAAAAUGGAUUUGAUCAAAUUGGUAUUGAAAAAGUAUCAUUAAGAAUCUGUAACAGUACUGAUAUUGAACAUUUUGGAAUGACCAGUCCUACUGUGAUCAUUCCCUCUGUCCACACUGUGAUUAGAGAAGCGUCAGAGAAAGGAGAGGGAUGACACACAGCAGAGGUCCCUCAGCCAGACCCAAACCAGGAACUUUUCAGUUUCAUGCUCAGCUUCUCAGACCUCUAGUCUCGGUGAUCCACCAUCAUGAUCCCCUCCUGAUGUGACCGUACUGCAGUCUGCGGGGGAGACGAUCCACUCUCUAGUUUGUCUAACUCAGACUGCUGACGCUUCAUUUAGCUCCAGCUCAACUUCAGAAUGUAUUUUUACACAGGACGAGGACGUGGACGUUUCCCUCCAUGUCUUACAGAUACUCACACAGAGGGGGAUCAGGGAGAUGAAUGAUUAUAGCAAUUCAUGUUGGUGACAGCAGUGACCUUUGACCUGGUUGGAGAUCAGAGAUCAGAAAACACCUGUAUCCCUGCAGUAUUGUCCUCCAGAUGUGGAGAGAUACAGACAGAUGAGUGGAGCAUCACCUCAGUCUUUUUUACGCCUGUUCAGUGGCUAUUGUGGGCAAGUAUGGUUGGGAAUAUAUUGGCUUUAGAAAAGCAUAUUGGUGCAUCUCUAGUUUUGUAUAUUGGUUAUGGGUGCACAACAACAGUAUGUACAGGUGUGUCUUUUUAAUGAGUGUGUGUGUUCCCCUUACAGCUGGUAACGGACGUGUUUCCAAUGCCUCUCCUGCAGAAACAGAGUUUUCUGCACCUGAUUGCACUGUUGGACGUCUACUACAGACUCUCUCUGGAAACAGCAGUGCACCUUGACAUUGUCACCACCACGGCACCAGUUAGGUGUUCACAGUAAACGCUGCAAUAUUGUAUAUAAGCAAGCCAUGUGAACACUUACAGUUCUGCAGAAACAUCCGUACACCCCCUGAGUUUUCGCACAGUUUGUUUUGUUGCUUUGAGAGGAAAUUGUGAUUUCUUUAUCUCAGAACUUCAGUGUUUUGACACUAAAACAUUAGACAUUUCCAUUAACUUUAUUAACAUGUAACAUGUAACAUCUGGACCUCUGUGUUAAAUUUUAUGUGAUGAUGGCAUCUUUCAAAUUGUUUUGUUGUAGAAAAAGAGUCAAACUGGUGCGGUGUGUGUUACUUUGAGGCAAUUCAAUCUCAGAUCCUGCAAGUCACCAGUCAGAUAAAUUCAAAUCCUGCUCAUAGAGGCUUUAAAUAUUUAGUAUAAAUAUGUUUGUAGAUGUUUUUGAAAAUAGUCCAGAAUACAGUGGCCACAUGUUCUUCAUCUUUGAAUCAAUGUGAAGAGCGUGGAUGUGGGAUUUAGUUGUUCCGAAUACUUGAAUAACAUGAGACGUCCACAUGAGGUGAAUGAUCAAAAUAAGGAUUUUGUCCACAGUGUUAGAUCAGCAGGUGGAGCAUGAUGGACACUGCAUCUCUAUCCACCUGUUUUUAUGCUCAUUUUAAAUUUGCUCGCAGAAAAUUUUGAAUCCUGGAAAUUAGAAAAAAAAAAAAAAAUAUCACAAAGGAACUUUUCCACUCAGCUCAGGUGGAAGUUUGUGUAUUGAUAAAAGCAAAAUGCAAUAAAUCGGUGAUGAUGUGCAUAGAGCAUGUGGCUUAAUGGCUAUUUGCCAAGUUUUGCUAUUGCUACAUGGCUAACGUUAGCAUUAACAGCUGUUUACUUACCAGUCUUGCCAAGAGCUUCAGCCAAUGUGGCUUUUACAAUACGAGAAGUCAUAAUACUGGACGCAACAGUGAAUCAGUAUCAGAAAGUGAUGAGGUGGUCCAACUGGGCUGGAGCUAGCUGGUUAGCAUGCUAACUUCAGUAGAAGAAAAGAUGUGAUAAAGACAAGAUUAUUAUUUAUUUAUUCAUUGGUGUUUGUUUCCACCUCUGGAAACAGCUGUUGGUGAGUAAAGAAAUCAAGUUUGUUGCUGAACUGCUAAUGCUAAUGUUAGCUAUGUAGCAAUAGCAAUACCUUUAAAUGUGCACUGAAGUCAAAAGUCAGAUUUCCAUCAUGUUUUCCACCUGCAGCUCUUUCAAUGACCUCAUCUUCUUCUGCAGUGCUUUAAUGGCGUCAACUGUUCAUUUUCAUGAAACAAAUAUACAUGAAGGGACAAUAACAUAAAUUGAAUUUUGAUGGUUUUCUGGACAUUCAAUUAAAUUUAGUUUGCACCACAUCUGGAUGGAACAUGUGUCUUCAGUGGAGCUGAGGUUCUUAUCUUAAAAUUCACUGAAAUUCACAGAGAUCUUUUCUCAGAAAAUAAAGGCAGAAUCAUGAUCUGUGUCUGAGCGGCAUCGUGAGGUUUAGUCAGUUACAGUGUUGUUCACCGUCACUGGCUGCAGACUGACUGAAAACCUAUUGGGUUGACAUGUUUUUUCUUUUACUUUAUUGUGCUCACUUUAUUUAUUCUGUUUGUUUUAGUUAAUUUUCUAGUCAAUGAAUAAAUGAAUUAAAGUAACGACAAUUCUCUGUUUGUUUAACCUCAUGCUGGACACAGCUGUGCUUCACUGCUCUGUUACUGAUGUUAUAAAUCAGCUUAGACUUCAGAGUGUUAAUGAUGAUGAUCAUGUUAAAAACAUCUAUUGUUACUGUGUGUUGGAGAAAAUAUCUCACUAGCACACACAACGUCCCACACACAUAAACCUACAUGUAAACAGGUUAUUGUUGGGGUGAAGAUGGUUAGCAUUUAGCAAAUUAUAGCUCUAUAUUAGACACUAUUCACAUUAAAAAUUAUUUAAAUGUUAAACAGUUGCUAAUAGUGGUCUAAAAUGGCCACAACUGCCAAGAAAAGCAUAGAGUGAUCUGAAAACAUGACGUCAUUUUAUUUUGAGACACUUUGAUUUAAAGCUCAGGGGGUAUACAAACUGUUUCACCAUAAACUGUAUGUAAAGUCACUCUUAUGCACUUCUAUUGAUUCCUGAAGCCAAACUGAAAAUGUACGCUUGAUGUUAACCAAUGACUGUUAGAUCAUUAAAGGUUAUUUCAAACAGAAAA